CAGACUCAGUGCUGCAAGGUGUUCUGGGUAUUUAGGUAACUCCUUUUCCUUCUAGUCCGCGUGUAGGUUGCAGAAUUUAUUCACUGCCUUUUAUAGCUAUACUAGUUAAAUACACUGCUUCGUCAGAACUAUGUCUUUCAGUUUCAACUUCGACGUGCAGUUGACGAUAAAGGGGCAACAAGGUGAAGAAAGUCAAUCACAAACUGGAAAGCAGGAUUAUGCAGUCAAACCUGUGCCCGGCAACAACACCACCACUCCAGCAGAAACUGUCAAAGCAGCUGUUGAACACCAUCCCCCUGCAGAUCCCCACUUUCUCCUCAACGAUGCUGUCUCUGAGACUGUUACCAUAGGAACGCUUCCACCCCUCCACUUCCUGAAUGAGUCUGUGUUCGAGCGGACGGCCAGUGAGCGAGAUGACGACGAGAGGAUCCUGUCGCGGACCGCCGCCCAGAGCUCGGACCUCAUCUCCGGAGUGUACGAGGGAGGGUUGAAGGUGUGGGAGUGUACCUAUGACCUCCUGGAGCUGCUAGAGAGGGAGGGGGAGACAUUUGGGGGGAAGAUGGUUCUGGAUUUGGGCUGUGGUGCUGGACUGCUGGGCCUACUGGCGCUAAAGAGCGGAGCAAGUCAGGUCCAUUUCCAGGACUAUAAUAGUACUGUUAUAGAACAGCUCACACUGCCUAACGCACUGCUCAACUGUCAGGUGGAAGGGGAGGAGGAAGAAGUGAAGGGAAAGAAACAGGGGCUGCCGGAGGAGGACGAUGAGACAAUUAUAGAAGAGGACAAAAUGAAAAAGGAUGAGGAGAAGAAGAAUGAACAGAAAAAAGAGGGCGAGGAUGGCAGCCCGUCGCCCAAGAGGCAAGCCCUGGACCUAACCCAGCAUUCGAAGCUGACCUGCUGUCGUUUCUUCUCGGGCGACUGGACAACGUUCCUAGCGCUGGUCCUCAAGGAAGACCUGUUCCCUAAAUAUGACAUCAUCUUCACCUCGGAGACCAUCUACAACACGGCGUACUACUCAGCUCUUCACGACACCCUCCACAGACUGUUGGCCCCGAGGGGAGUGGUCUACCUGGCCACCAAGGCCCACUACUUUGGGGUGGGGGGUGGGCUGCACCUAUUUGAACAGUUUAUAGAGGACAAGGGAGUGUUUGAUAUGGAGAAACUGUGGGACGUGGACCAGGGGCUACAGAGACAUGUUGUGGCCAUGCACUUCAAAACAACAAACAAGUCUUGACUUUUUACUUUGUGUAGUUUCAAAGAACUAAAAAGGAUAAUAUUUUUCAAAUUAAUUUCUACUCAAUGCACCUGGAACUUCUAUGCUACCUAAGGUGUGCUAACAUCAGUCAGUUUCAAAUAAACUUUUUCCUAUAAA